UUAAUAAGUUGUUAAUGAGAAAAGACAAAAGCAAAACAACAAACGGCCUUCGUGUUUCUCUUCAUCACCUUUCACGAUUCAGAUCUGUUUGACACCAAACUUCACUUCCCCCAACAACACGCACAUUUUCCUCACACAUAUAUAAACAUACACAGCAAAACAACUGAAUACAAAUUUGAUUUUAGGGUUUACUGUUCUUCAAAAUGGAUGGUCCAGCUCAUCAAACGGACACCGUGAUGUCGGACGCGGCGGCGGCGCAGCAACCAGCUCCUCCGACGCAGCCGGUGGCCGGAAUCGAUAACAUCCCAGCGAUGUUAAGCCACGGCGGCCGGUUUAUUCAAUACAAUAUUUUUGGUAAUAUAUUUGAAGUUACUGCAAAGUAUAAGCCACCGAUUAUGCCCAUCGGUAAAGGAGCUUAUGGCAUUGUUUGUUCUGCUUUGAAUUCGGAGACGAAUGAGCAUGUUGCGAUAAAGAAAAUCGCGAAUGCUUUUGAUAACAGAAUUGAUGCCAAGAGAACUUUGCGUGAGAUUAAGCUUCUUCGACAUAUGGAUCAUGAAAAUAUUGUUGCGAUCAGAGAUAUAAUUCCACCGCCUCAAAGAGAAGCAUUCAAUGAUGUUUAUAUUGCAUAUGAGCUCAUGGACACUGAUCUCCAUCAAAUUAUUCGCUCUAAUCAGGGAUUAUCAGAAGAACAUUGUCAGUAUUUCUUGUAUCAGAUCCUCCGUGGGUUGAAAUACAUACAUUCUGCAAAUGUUUUGCAUAGGGACUUGAAGCCUAGCAAUCUCCUCUUGAAUGCCAAUUGUGAUUUAAAGAUAUGUGAUUUUGGGCUAGCCCGUGUCACUUCUGAAACCGACUUUAUGACCGAAUAUGUUGUGACAAGGUGGUACCGGCCACCUGAGCUGUUGUUAAAUUCAUCUGACUAUACUGCAGCUAUUGAUGUAUGGUCAGUGGGUUGCAUUUUCAUGGAAUUGAUGGACAGAAAGCCUCUGUUUCCUGGUAGAGAUCAUGUACACCAGCUACGUCUGCUUAUGGAGUUGAUUGGCACCCCAUCUGAGGCUGAAAUGGAGUUUUUGAAUGAGAAUGCAAAACGGUACAUCAGACAACUUCCUCUUUACCGUAGACAAUCUUUUGUCGAAAACUUUCCACAUGUAAACCCUGGUGCUAUUGAUCUUGUUGAGAAAAUGUUGACAUUUGAUCCCAGAAGAAGAAUUACUGUUGAAGAUGCGCUUGCACAUCCUUACCUAACAUCGCUUCAUGAUAUUAGCGACGAGCCCGUUUGCAUGACUCCUUUUAACUUCGAUUUUGAACAGCAUGCCCUUACUGAGGAACAAAUGAAAGAGCUGAUUUACAGGGAGGGUCUUGCAUUUAAUCCUGAAUACCAGCACAUGUGAGUACUCAUUUGCUGUUGGAAAUGUCUGUGUGACUUUCAUUUUUUAUGCAAUCAGGUGGUUUAUUUUUCCAUGUAUAUACACGUCUUUUCCACCUGAUGCCUGGAUGGUGUUCUUUUUGAACGCUUUAAUUUAUGUAGCAUGAUCUGUGUAUGACAAUUGUUUGAUGUAUUUUAAGAGGUUGUUUACUUGUAUCGGUACUGUUUGUUACACUGAACUUCUACUAGGCGAUUUGGGUAUUGAAUAUGUAAUCUUGCUGCCA